AAACUUUCUGCACGAUUCACAUAAAGGUCUUUAUUAUCCAUUUUUAUUUAUUUCUGGUGUGAGUCCUUUGUUUGCUUAAAUCUGUUUUUAAACUUGUUUCUUUUACUAUUUAUGAAAAGACAGAAUUAAAAACUAACUUCUAAUUGGGAAAUAGUAAAAAGCCUGUGUUUAUAAAUGGUUUUUGCUGUCCUUAGUGAUGUUAAAAUAUUGUGAUCAGAAAUUUUGAUUCAUUUAAUUCCUUCACUUACCAUAUCUUAUCUAAAAACUAAAUGGGAGUGUUCUUGAGAUAGAAAGAAAGAGAACAGUUGAAUUUUAAAUAUUUUUGUUUGAGCAAAGACCUGGCCUAAUUUGUAUAGAUGCUCUUGGUUUUUGGAACUUUUGAUUUGUAAUUUGUUUAUCAGUCUUUUUAAUAGUCACUAGAAUCUGCUGGGCAUUGUUUUCGAGUGUUAAAAUCUUUCAGUAAUAGUUUAUAAAUCUUAAAGUCACUCAGCAACUCUUCAAAACACAUUAAAAUUCAACAGAAACAAACAAACAAAAUAUCUGAGUAGCGAAUGUCAUAUUAAAUAUUUCCUAAAGUCAAAAGCAGAUAUAAGUGAUGGGACUCAUGUCACAGCCACAGAGACAUGAGGCUCUGAAGGCUCCUCCCACUCGGAGUGUGUGCUUGCCCUCACUCUUCGUCCUCCCCCACCCCGCUAACCUGCUCUGCCUGGCCUACAAGAAUGUGAUUAGGGGCUGCAGGGCCGCCUGGAGGGUCAUUUUGAGCAUUGAGCAGAAGAUCUGCACCUCUGACAAGAAGUUGCAGCUGAUUAAGGACUAUGGAGAAAGUGGAGGCCUCCUGGAAUUGUUGGAUAAAUACUUAAUAGCCAAGGCAACUAAUCCAGAGAGUAAGGUCUUCUUUCUGAAAAUGAAGGGUGAUUACUUCCGGUACCUUGCUGAAGUUGCAUGUGGUGAUGAUCAAAAAUAAACCAUAGAUAAUUCCCAAGGAGCUUAGCAAGAGACAUUUGAUAUAUGCAAGAGAGAUGCAACCCAACACCCAAUCCACCUGGGGCUUGCUCUUAACUUCUCUGUAUUUUACUAUGAGACUCUUAAUAAUCCAGAGCUUGCCUACACGCUGGCUAAGACGGCUUUUGAUGAGGCCAUUACUGAACUUGAUACAUUGAAUGAAGACACCUACAAAGACAGCACUCUAAUCAUGUGGUUGCUUAGAGACAACCUAACACUUUGGACAUCAGACAGUGCAGGAGAAGAAUGUGAUGCAGCAGAAGGAGCUGGAAACUAAAUCCAUACGGGGUGUCUUCCUCUUUCCUUCAAGAAACCUUUUUACACAUCUCCAUUCCUUAUUCCACUUGGAUUUCCUAUAGCAAAGAAACCAUUCAUGUGUAUGGAAUCAACUGUUUAUAGUCUUUUCACACUGCAGCUUUGGGAAAACUUCAUUCCUUGAUUUGUUUGUCUUGGCCUUCCUGGUGUGCAGUUACCGCUGUAGAAGAGGAUUAAUAGCUUCAUUUCAUAUAAAUCUGAACCAGUUCAGCAAGGGACUGUGUUUUGUACUACGGUGAAGAUAUGAAAAUGUAGUUAAUUAAAAUUUGAAGAGUGUUCCACAUAAUUUCUUAAUUUCUACAUUCCCUCCCUUGCUCUUCAGGGGUUUCCUUUAGAUAAGCUGCUUUUCCAUGCUCUUAAUGCAUUCCUUUUUAGUAGGAAUCUAGAAGUAUUAGACUGAAUGGAAAAGCGCUUGCCAUCUCUGCCUAGAGGUAACAAAUUGAAAUGCCUCCUGUGUCACAUAAGGAGGUCAUGUAUAUCUGUGGCAACAGGAAGUUUCCUUAUUCACUCUUUAUUUGCUGCUGUUUAAGUUGACAACCUCCAUUCCCAA